CACCCGCCGCCGCACUUGUUCGCUCACAGUCUCCCUCGGCGGACUCCUCUUCUUCCUCUUCUUCCUCCUCCGUCAGCAGGAUGGUGCCGCGUCCCGCGCGUCCCACACGCUCACCGAAGGCGCCGCUCUCCGACUCGCUGCGGGGCUUCUGAACGCACCAUGCCGGCUUACGCGCGGUUCCUGUUCGUGCUGCUGUGCGUGGUCCUGCUCGGGGAGUGCAGGAGGCACAGGACGAGGAGAAAGCGCUGGUCCGGACCCACGGAGACCCAUAAGCCCGGCAACCCUCUGACCAAGAAGGCCGCGGAUGGAACCAAAUCCAAAAAGGUGAAGAUGAGCCACCUGCUGCGCAUCGACGACCACGACUUCACCAUGAGGCCGGCCUUCGCAGGUCCAGCUGUGCCCGUCGGAGUGGAUGUUCAGGUGGAGAGCUUGGACAGCAUAUCCGAGGUGGACAUGGACUUCACCAUGACCCUGUAUCUGAGGCACUACUGGAAGGAUGAGCGGCUGGUCUUCCCGAGCUCCACCAACAAGAGCAUGACCUUCGACGGCCGCCUGGUGAAGAAGAUCUGGGUCCCCGACGUGUUCUUCGUCCACUCCAAGAGGUCCUUCAUCCACGACACCACCACCGAUAACAUCAUGCUGCGGGUGUUCCCCGACGGACACGUCCUCUACAGCUUGAGGGUUACAGUUACAGCUGCAUGCAACAUGGAUUUCACUCGUUUUCCUUUGGACUCUCAGACGUGCACGCUGGAGCUGGAGAGCUAUGCGUACACGGACGAAGACCUGAUGCUCUACUGGAAAAGCGGCGACGAGUCCCUGAGCACCGAUGACAGGAUUUCUCUGUCUCAGUUCCUCAUCCAGGAGUUCCACACCAGCUCCCGGCUGGCGUUCUACAGCAGCACAGGCUGGUACAACCGCCUGUACAUCCACUUCACCCUGCGGCGCCACAUCUUCUUCUUCCUGCUGCAGACCUACUUCCCCGCCACCCUCAUGGUCAUGCUGUCCUGGGUGUCCUUCUGGAUCGACCGCAGGGCCGUCCCCGCCAGGGUCUCAUUAGGCAUCACCACGGUGCUCACCAUGUCCACCAUCAUCACCGGGGUCAACGCCUCCAUGCCCCGGGUGUCCUACAUCAAAGCCGUGGACAUCUACCUCUGGGUCAGCUUCGUCUUCGUGUUCCUGUCGGUGCUCGAGUACGCCGCCGUCAACUACCUGACGACGGUGAGGGACGGGAAAGACCGCAAGCUCAGAGAGAAAGCCAGGCAACAGUCGCAGCUCCCUUGCUCCUGCGGCAUGUCCCACGCCAGAACCAUGAUGAUGGACGGCACGUACAGCGAGGCGGACGCCAACAGCCUGGCGGGCUACACGCGGACCUCCGUUGGCGCCGAGGACUCGUCGGAAAAACAGGAGCGCAUGGUGGUGCGUCUCUCCCUGCACAACGAGCCCGCGGGGGGCGCCAAGAAGAAAGGCCUCCGCGGCUUCCGGAUCAUCCAGAACACCCACGCCAUCGACACCUACUCUCGCAUGAUCUUCCCCGGCGCCUACAUCCUGUUCAACCUGGUGUACUGGUGCAUGUACUGCUGAGCGUGUGCGUUCCAGACACACAAAAAACACACAAAAAACUGUUGACCUUAGAAGAGAGAGAUUUUAUUCUGCAUGUUUCGACGAGGAUGGUAUACAAGUAUGUCGGACGCUUCUGGUUGGGAAAUAUCUCAAAACUCUGGAAGUCAUCGCCGGACUGGACCGCUUCCUCUGCUUCCUCUGCUUCCUCUGCUUCCUCCUCUGCUUCACAUGAUUAUAUCACAAGCUCAUUCUUGCGCUCAAUCAGUCUGCGAAAUACGUACGCAGCUACAAGAUUUACUGGAUCCAAUGUCGGUGACGAUAAAACCAAUCGCACAAUUACGUGACUACACAACUACGUCUCCCUCUCUCUCUAACCCGACAGAGCGAUGUUGGACCUCGGCCUCGCAUAGUUACCCUCCUAGUAGCCUAUCCUGAGAGGAGGAGAGACAUUUCCCUGCUUUAAUCCGGGUUCUGGAUCAAAUGUGUGUAAAGGGGGUCCGUUUAGGUCUGUUUAGGUCCGUUUGGGUCCGUUUAGGAUCCGUUAAGGUCCACAAAACCUUGUGGUUCUGACUGUCUGCGUCUUUCAACCUUAGUUAUUCCUAUUUGUGGAUUGUUUAGUAGUUUAAAUAAUUAAAACUGCUGGGCAUUAGUAGGCUUUUAAAAAGGUAUUUGAGAGACAAAUAUUUGUGCAGGGAGAACAUCGCUUACAUAAAGUAGAGACAGCUGAUGUGACCUCCCGCCUUCCAAGUGUGUCAUUCUCACCAUUCAGUAGUAUUAUUCAUUGAUAAUUAAUUUCUUUUAUACAAUAUCGUCCUGUGGAGUAUCAUUUGCUUUUGAUUUGAUUUUGCGCUCUCCAACAGAUAAAAGAAAUACAGCUUUAGGAACUGGGUCCUCAUUUGACGCCGCCAUUUAAAACUAGAGGUGUAGUCCUUCAGCUCAGGGUCCAGGGGGGACCAGGACUAGAACCAGAACCAGGACUGAGCGGGGCAGACCCUGAUCCUGUAAAGUGAGAGGUUUUCUGGAGAGACUCGGAAAUUUAAGUUCCUACCAACAGCAAUGUGCCACACUGAAUAUUGAAGUUUGAAUUAAAUGGCUUUGUAAUGUU